AUGGCAACCCAGGAUAAGUUACCCGCGAGCCAAACUGGCAUCAUUCAACAUGAUGGUGGCAUUCUCCAAAUCACUCCUGACCUACCUAUCCCAGAACUUGGACCCCACCAAAUGCUGGUGAAAACUGCUGCUGUCGCUCUAAAUCCAUGUGAUUACAAAAUGCCAUUGAGAUUCCCUACUCCCGGUCUUUGGGAUGGUUGUGAUUUUGCUGGCACAGUCGUUGCACUGGGAAGCGAAGCGGCUGCGCAAGGCAGAUUCCGUCUGGGGGACCAAGCCUUUGGUGCUGUCCAAGGUUCAAAUAUGUCAGAUCCGAUGUCUGGAGCCUAUUGCGAGUACAUUCGGACAGAGCCGGGACUUACCUUCCAUGUCCCUAAGGGGAUGGAUCUUCUCGAUGCACCCUCACUUUCAGGUACCGCAAUCGCAACUCUCGGAGUAGCACUCUUUUGGUCGCUCCAAUUGCCUGGAACAUUGCAGGCACCAGCAGCCAAGGCAGAGGAUGUUCUGGUAUAUGGCGGAAGUAGCACUAUAGGACUUCUGGCAAUUCAGAUGGUCAAGCUCUGCGGCCACCGAGUUAUCACAACAUGCUCUCCGCGCAACUUCGAGCUAGUGAAGUCCUUUGGAGCGGAUGUUGUAUUUGAUUACAACUCUCCAACUUGCGGCGAGGAUAUUCGAACAAUUACCAAGAACACAUUGCGCUAUGUGCUUGAUCCUUUCGCCGAAGCCAAAACGCUACGGACGUGCUAUACAGCCAUUGGUCGUACGGGAGGAAAGUAUUGUGCAUUGGAGCAAUACCAAGAAAGUCUUUGUUCGCGAAAGACAGUCAAACAUGAACUGGUUAUGGGGGGUGCUAUUUCUGGGCGAGGUGUCGAGCUCCCUGACCCAUACGGUAUUCCACCUCGACCUGAGAUUGGAGUUUGGGCUCGUGCAUGGUAUCAAGAUCUCCAAGGUUUGAUAGAGAAUGGCAAGCUUAAACCAUGUCCAGUGCAGACUAUUCCGGGCAAAUUUGAGGGGAUCCUAGAGGGUUUGGACAUGCUCCGCAAUGGGAAGGUCUCGGGGAAGAAGCUCGUUGUUCCGAUAUAA